CAUUUAUAAAAAGUUUAACCGCCUAACUACAACCUACUCGCGCGGUAGCCUCUUGUGAUACGGACGCAGCAUGCGCCUGCCUAGAAAAAAUGUCAGUGCAGCGCAAUAUACAAAAAACUCGAUAUAUUUCGUCUGCUCCAGCUGAUACAACACGCCGAAAACAUGUCCAUUUUCGUGAAAUUCAUAGUGAAGAGUCGACACGAAGACACGAAUGCCAAUCAGCCAGCUUACAGCCAUCAAUACGUCACCCACAACUUGCGCUGGAUGACUCUGAUGAGAGUUUUUCACACACUUUGAGUCAUAGCAGCGCUACCACGUCGAACACUCCGAAUUCGGGGGCCGGUGGCAUUAGAAGUAGUCAAAGCUUUUAUCGUUUGCCAGAUGAUUUACUCGCACGUGGCGAUUUCAUUGCUUAUCAGGGUGCCAAUGUAACGGAUUUUUUCAAUACGACGAACACUACACGGCCGAAACGUGUCUCGGAGAUUUGUUUAGUCAAUGAUCAUUACAUUUUGGUAAAGAUACCUGCAUCGCAAAUGGAACAUGUUGCCACUAUGGAUACAAUUGCUGAAGAAGAAGACAGAUCGAGUGAUAAUUGUGCGCAACGAAAAGGUUUCUUGCGUUAUUUUCCCGGCCAAAGAAAUCGACGCGUACUACCUUUGACAACCGUGAGUAGGGUGAAAAUGGAAGAAGCUGCGAAUACGAAUGCUGGCAAAACUCAUUCCACGCUAAAGUGUCCACUAGCGCAUUGUUGGCGCACAUAUGAAACACCUGAGGUGUUUGACACGCGCACAAAAAUUUUCGGACUAUUUUGGAAACAGAAAGCGCCCGGAAAAGUGAUAACAAUACAACCUACUAAAAGUGACACAGCGGAACCGUUGGACCUGCGUUACCAGGGAGCUCGUAACGCCGAGAAUGGCUUGCCGGUUCUAGAGAACGAUAACAAAGUUGAUAAAGGCGCUUUUGGUAGUCCUUUAAACACGCCAUUAAAAGUGGCGCCAACACCAUCUUUCUUCGGUGGUGCUUUGCAGACAUCCCUGCACGAUGCAGUCUCGCUAGAACAACACGCAGCCUGGAUAAAUGAUGAUGACUUGGAUAUGAAGCAAGUUUUUCGAAAGGACAACACCAAAUCCCCAGUGGAAAGCAAGGCAACAAAACGUCGCACAAACGUAUUUCGCUGGUUCUUCAAGCGCACGAAAGCGCCCAAGCCCAAAAACAAAAUACACGCCGUCGUUUAUAAAACAUAUUUCGUGCGUUGGAAAAAGCCACCCGAUGAGAAGUGCCCACAUUGCGGACAUGCCAGAAAUGACGAUGUGGCUGCAGUUAAAACGUGCAAAUGGAAGCGCUGCCGCUCCGCCACCUUUUAGUUGUUCUCCAAGACGCUAUAUAUUGUGAUAAAGAGUUAAGAAAGACAGGUUGUGAAUAUUUGUAAGUGUAGGAUUUGUAUAGGGAUAAUCGAU